AUGGCGAAACCAUCCAAGCCACGGUUCCCUAAGCGUCCAGCUCGCAGUAAGCCGAGACAGACCACUCUCCAGUUGUCGCCCUUGGCCCCCUCUUCGCCUGCCAAAGGAGAUUACAGUUCUGCGGUGCAAAGCAGACUGGCUUCCGUCCGAUACAAAGGCGCAAGACUGAAUGCGAAUGCCAGCUUAGAAACUCAGUCCAGCGAGGAGAUCUUGUUGCCUACACCAGAGCCAUCUUCUCAAAUACAAGACCUGAAUACAAGUGAAUCGAAAGUGAGCGAUGCGCAAGGUGAAGUUGCAAACAUCUAUUUCGAGGAGGACCUGAAAGAUGAAGACGAAGAUGAUGAAGAUGAUCUGAUCUCUCCGGUGCAAAAGAGACGAAAGAUAUCUGAUGGCACACCCGUUCCGGUCAAGAGUUGUCCGCUCCCACGUCGGUCAACGAGACUGAACUCAGGAUCAUCGCCUCUGCCUACCAUCGAGGGCAUCGGCACGUUUGCCACUCCAGUGAACAGCUCGCCGUUGGGCAGACAAUCAACGCACCUACGACGAGGCAAACAGUCGGUCUCGCCUUCCCGUUUGACCAGGUCGCCAUCGACCCAAACGCUUGUUUCAGUUGAAAUAGCCACGCCCCCACAACGUCGUUCCUCAAAGCUCUCCGAUCUAGGCUCUGCUGAGACUAGCGAUGAAGACGACAAGAUUUUAGCCUCGCAGCCUGCAGCUCGAAGGCGACACUCAAGAGCCGCCAAAGACACCAGGAUUGUGAAUGAUGAUGAAUUGGAAUACGUAUCAGAUGACGAGCCAAGGAAGAGGCGGGGCCCAAGCCGUCGCAAAAGUACCUGUGACGAUUUUGUAGUUGAUGACGAGGAGAUCGAAUACAUAACAUCUGAUGAGGAUGAUGCACUUCAAGCCGGGCCAACGAAAUCCGAUCAUUCCUCGUCCUCCUCAGCAAAAAAGGCAAGAAAUACAGCACCGCGGCGAAGAACUAGAGACGAACAAGACGAGCUCGAUGAUGAUCUACAGAAUCUACACGACUCAGAUGAGGACUUAAGUGCUACGAAGACACGAACCAGAGGCGGACCAGUGACGACCAAGCGUGACCAGGCAAAAGAACAUCUUGAGCUCUUAAGACGGCGCCGUGCAGGAGAGAAAGUACCUCGGAUCGAAGAUUCUGAUGAUGAUCUUGAUGAUCUACCUGAAACACAUCUCGAUCUCAUUGGACAUCCGGACUACGACGAGCAGGGGUCUGUCCAUUCCUCAAUCGACACUGAUCCCGACCAGGAGCUCGCACAGGUCGAGGAGGAUGAGGACGAUUUCGUGAUUGAAGACAGCAUAGGCAGGCUCGGUCGACCGAACUCUGAUAUGCCUCUCCAAUUCACCUCGUUCGCUUCUGCCAAGCCGAGAGAGCUUUUCGUUCACAUCAUAGAAUGGCUGGUCAAGAACAAGAUUGCGCCCGCAUUCUCACGCGAAGACGAACUGUAUACCCUAGCAUUUUCACGGGUGGACGACCAAGUGAAGGCGCAAGCAGGUAGUAGACUCAUCUCGGCAGCAUGGGGCAACGAGUUCAAGCGAGCAAUCUUGGCAAGGCCGGCGAUGAAAGUGAGUAUGCUGCCCGGAAGCGACGAGGACAACGUGCGGACCUGCGACGCCUGUAACAGGCUCAAUCAUCCUGCCCGUUACGAAUUCGUUUUCUCCGGUCAACCGUACUUCAAGAAGACCUUAGAGCCGGUCGACAGCUCGUCUGACGAGGGAUACGAAGAUGAGUUGGACCGCGAUGAAGAAGGCCACACCCUCCCGAGCGAGACUCGCCGUUUCUACCUCGGCAGAUUCUGCGCCGCAAACGCCGACAUGGGCCACAAACUCACACACUGGAAAUAUCAUCUCAACGACAAUUUGCUGUCGUAUCUCGAGGAGCAAGGGGUUCUGUCUCCGGACGCGAUCGUCGCGCGGGAGAAGCUGAACAAGAAGAAACGCGAGAAGCAGGCUGAAGAUAUUGUGGACAGUAUGCAAGAGAUCGGCAUGAUUGCGGACCUGUGGGCGGAAUUCGAGAAUAAUUUGAAUGAUGCGAGGCUGGGGAUGGAGGGUUUUGAUAGGAGGGGAGGAAGGUCGAAGGGGAGGGUGGGUGCGGUCAGGAGUACGGCUAAUGGGAGGACGAUGGAGUGGGACCGGGAUCGCGUUCGUGUUACGAGAGCUCUGGAGUCCGAUUCUGAAGAUUGA